UUUUAUAAUUUGUUGGAUCAAUUUUAACAUAUUUUUAUUGCUCAUUUUACAGGAAGCAUAUCUUGAUUUGAAAUAUGGUUGUUGGGAAAUGUGAAAUAUGCAAUGUUAAUGGAGCCAAAUACAAGUGUCCAAAGUGUAUUGUGAAAUUUUGCUCUGUUGGAUGUUUUAAGACUCACAAAGAAAAGAAAGAAUGUGUCAAACAAGAAGCUGAUAAUCAGCCGGAAGAAAAGAAAGAAAUUUGGUAUGAGUAUGAAACAGAAGACACUGUUCCACUGGAAAAAUUGAGGCUCUUAGAAACGGAUGAAAAUAUAAAGAAAAAUUUAGAAAAUCCAUUUUUAAGAAAACUUUUGACUAAGGUUAACUACUCGCAAAAUCCCGACACAAGUAUUGAGGAUGCCAUGCAGGAACCUGAAUUUGUUGAUUUUGUGACUCAUUGCUUAAAAACUGUUGAAGAUCAAAGUAGAUAUGAAAAAUGUUAUAAUUCUUAAAUUCUCUACAAAUACAUAGGUGUGUAAAAAUUGUAUAUAAAACUGAUCUUUGAAGUUAUUAAAAUGCAUUUUAUUUAAA